UUUUCAUCAAAAAAUAUUGAUUAUUUCUUUAUUUCUUCAUAGAAAAAUAUCACACCCUCUUAAUCUUUUUCUAGAAAUAAGGAAAAAAAAAACCAAACUUUCAAUUCGUUCCCAUCUUAAAUUGAAAAACUCAAUUUAGUCUUCUUUAUAUAAAAGACCCCUCCACCAAUAAUUCCAAGCUCAUCACAAAAAAUCUCAAAUUUUCUCUUUCAAAAAAAAAAAAAUUAUUUCUUCUUUCUUUCUCAACUCACAAAGAUGAACAACAACAACAACAAAACCCAAGUUUCAUAUCCCACAGCAGAAGAAAUCAACCCAUUUCACCAAACCAACCCUUUUGUAUCAUCACCACCACCACCACCACUAACAACUAAUCACCAAUACGACACCGUUCCAGCUGAAACGACAAACGGAUCCCCAAAACGACAAGAGAAACGAGUUCAUUUUCAAGGUGAAGAACAACAAAAAGGUUCUUCUUCUUCUUCUUCCUCUGUUCCACCCCAACAACAACAACAACCACAAGAAUUUGUUUCAGAUGGGAGUAGCAGUAGUAGUGGAGAGAAAUGGGGUACGCACGUGAUGGGUCACCCUGCAGUUCCCACGUGUCAUCCUUCCAACAAGAAAGCAGCGUUGUGGGGUGGUGCCCCUACUGAUGACGAGGCUCGUCGGGUUCACUACCCUUAUCUUCAGUACACCCCCAUUGAAAAGGCUCCCAAUAGUACUACUCCGAUGGACUCUAUGAUCCAUGCCUUCAAUUCUUGGAGCAACAAGGCUGAGUCUUUGGCCAAUAACAUCUGGCAUAACCUUAAAACGGGGCCAUCAGUGUCAGGAGCAGCUUGGGGGAAGAUGAACUUGACAGCAAAGGCAUUAACAGGAGGAGGAUAUGAAAGUCUUUACAAGCAAAGCUUUUCUACUUUUCCUAAUGAGAAGCUAAAGAAAACAUGGGCUUGUUACCUCUCUACAUCAACUGGUCCUGUUGCUGGAACUCUUUACUUGUCAAAUGUUCAUGUAGCUUUCUGUAGUGAUCGACCUUUGUCUUUCACUGCUCCCUCUGGCCAACAAACUUGGAGCUAUUACAAGGUUAUGGUACCUUUGGGAAACAUUGGGACAAUCAAUCCGGUUGUGAUGAGGGAAAAUCCAUCAGAGAAGUACAUGCAGGUUGUCACAAUCGACGGUCAUGAUUUCUGGUUUAUGGGAUUUGUAAAUUAUGAGAAAGCAUCAAAGCAUUUGACUGAAAGUAUAUCCACUUUUGUGGCUUCUGGAUAUACUGUUCCACCAGUCAUUGCUAAUCAAAAAUAGUCUUUCUUACUAGUUACUAUAAUAAUUUCUAUUAAUUUAUGAGAGUGAGAGCAUAUAUUGUUUUGUUUUUUAUCAUAUUCGUCAGAUUGUAAUAUUCUUUCAUUUUGAUGUGAAUGAUCACUUUUUCUUUUUGCUUAAA